AGAAAAUGUAUAGCUUAAUAAGUUAUUAUGAAGUGAAAACCCUUAUUAGCACCCAGAACCAGAAAUAGAGCUUGGUCAGCUAUUUCAGAAGCCAGCUAUGGGCCCCAUCCCAUCACAACUCCUCCCUCCUCCCAAAAGUAACCACUAUCCUGACAUUUAUGGUAAUCACUCAGGAGGAUUUUAUUUUAAUGGGACUAACGAUUUAGCUAUAAAUAAUCACUAAUGGUAGACUAUUAGGCAGUUGAGGGAUGUUUGGAGGAGCCACAAGAGGCAGCUGGAUCUCAGCACACUCAAAAAUCACACCACUUUGUACAGUUAGUUCCCUCUGUGCCUAUGAUUAAGACACACCUCACCGGAAGACGAUCCCACAGAAGUCCAAGUACAGUGCUGUGCCCUAUGCCCUCAGCUCCAUACUGUCAUCCACUGAUCCAGAAAGAACCAUACCCCACAGUCUUCCCAAGGCAGAGCAAAAGUAGGUCCCAGCUCACAGUACUUGGGCGAGUGUAAGGGACUGGCAGUCUCUGCUGCCGACAUGUGAGUCUAGGACAUUGCCUAAACUUCCCUGGGCCUUAGUUUCUCACAGUGAAGUAUGGGGCCAUGAUAAAGCCCUUUACAAUCCCCUAUUCCUCACCUAACUUGGCCCCCUUUCCUCAAUCUUGGUUCCUGUUUCCGCUGCCUAUUUAUACACGCUGUAAGAAGCACAUUACCUUCCUUUCCCAGUUGGGUGUCUUUCCAGCCUUGUGCUCCUCUUUUUGCCCUUGAUCCUCAGACACCAUGAUUCUGCUUCAUUUCUACAUGUACCAUUAUAAAAACACAUAUACGUCCUUGCAUAUUAGAGGUGCUGAACAAAUGGUUGUAGAAUGAAUGAAUAUAUGAAACAAAUUGUUUCCUACAUUCACGUAUGCAUUCCUUCAAUAUUUAGCAAGUACCUAAUAUAUACGUAGAUACCAACCUAUCCCUCUACACAAAUCAUUCCUCUCCUCCUUUUCUCAUCUUCCCCCUUUCCCAUUCUAUCUUUUUUCCUUUCCCUGAGCCAUAGAGUUAGACUGAGUGCCCGGCAAGGCAGGAUGCAGAGACACUUCUGCCAGUGGAAACAGACACCAUGGAAAGGAGCCAGAUGAAAUAAGGGCAAAGACAGCUGUACAACACGCAGAGAGAAACCAACCAGAAUGAAAAGCAGUGAUUCAUGGAGCACUGCAACUCAGAUACUCCUUGGGUUUCACUCUGAGAGCUACUGCAGGACUGAGGUCAGUGAGGGCUGGCAUCAAGAUGAAGGACAGACAGGCUCCUCCUCCCUGGAGAUGUGAUGCCCGUCAAUCCCUCCCCUUAAUCCUCUUCUGCCCACCCCACCCCCACUACUCCCUCACACUGACCAGUGUCCUGGGCCUUUAAGAGUUGGAUGGGCUGGACUGAGGAGAGAGCUCACACCUCUCCCCACCCUACUCUUUCCAUCUGGCUGUAAGUCUGCCAGUGACAGCAGCAAACUGCAGCAGAAGAGGGGAGGAAACCAGUGAGUGCAAGAGAAGCAAACGAGAAAAGGAGCCCUCCUGGGUUUCCUCGGCCCACAGCAGAGAGCGUCGCAGAUCUCAGACACAGGACUUCUCUCCUGCCCACGGUGACUCUGGCAUCAGCUGGUGAAGCAGUGGGUGAUGGCGUCCCUGCUGCAAGGCCGGCUGCCUGUUAAUCAAGACCUGCUGCUGAUGCAGAAAGGCACGCUGAUGCGCAAGGUGAGGUCCAAAAGCUGGAAGAAGCUAAGAUACUUCAGACUUCAGGACGAUGGCAUGACAGUCUGGCAUGCCCGGCAGGCCGGAGGCAGGGCCAAGCCCAGCUUCUCAAUAUCCGACGUGGACACAGUGCGUGAGGGCCACGAGUCUGAGUUGCUGCGAAACCUGGCAGAGGAGUUCCCCCUGGAGCAGGGCUUCACCAUCGUCUUCCAUGGCCGCCGCUCCAACUUGGACCUGGUGGCCAACAGUGUCGAGGAGGCCCAGAUCUGGAUGCAGGGGCUCCAGCUGUUGGUGGACUUUGUCACCAGCAUGGACCAACAGGAGCGGCUGGACCAAUGGCUGAGUGAUUGGUUCCAGCACGGAGACAAAAACCAGGAUGGUCGGAUGACUUUCGGAGAAGUCCAGCGGUUACUGCACCUGAUGAAUGUGGAAAUGGACCAAGACCAUGCCUUCCAGCUUUUCCAGAGAGCAGAUGCAUCCCAGUCUGGGACUCUGGAGGGAGAAGAAUUUGUAGAGUUUUAUAAGUCAUUGACUCAGCGUCCUGAGGUGCAGGAACUGUUUGAAAAGUUUUCAUCUGAUGGGCAGAAGCUGACCCUGCUGGAAUUUGUGGAUUUUCUCCAAGAGGAGCAGAAAGAAGGAGAACGGGCUUCUGACCUUGCUUUAGAACUCAUCGACUGCUAUGAGCCUUCAGAUAGCGGCAAACUGCGGCACGUGCUGAGCAUGGAUGGCUUCCUCAGCUACCUCUACUCGAAGGACGGAGACAUCUUCAAUCCGACCUGCCUCCCCAUCUACCAGGAUAUGACUCAGCCCCUGAACCAGUACUACAUCAGCAGCUCCCACAACACCUACCUAGUGGGAGACCAGCUUUGUGGCCAGAGCAGCGUGGAGGGAUACAUACGAGCCCUGAAGCGGGGAUGCCGCUGCGUGGAGGUGGAUAUAUGGGAUGGACCUAGCGGGGAACCUAUUGUUUACCACGGACACACGUUGACCUCUCGCAUCCCGUUCAAAGACGUUGUGGCCGCCAUUGGACAGUAUGCCUUCCAGACAUCAGACUAUCCAGUCAUCUUGUCCCUGGAGAACCACUGCAGCUGGGAACAGCAGGAGAUCAUAGCAUGCCAUCUGACAGAGAUCCUGGGGAAUCAGCUACUGAGCACCACCUUGGAUGGGCAUCUUCCCACUCAGCUGCCCUCCCCUGAGGAGCUUCGGAGGAAGAUCCUUGUGAAGGGAAAGAAGUUAAAAACGCUUGAGGAGGAUCUUGAGGAAGAGGAGGAGGAGCCAGAGUCUGAACUGGAGGAGGCUGAGCUGCAGCUGGAGGCCCAGAUGGAGUCUGAGCCCCAGGAGUUGAGCCCUCGCAGUAAGGACAAGAAGAAGAAAUCCAAGCCCAUCUUAUGUCCAUCCCUCUCUGCCCUGGUUGUCUACUUGAAGGCUGUCACAUUCUACAGCUUCACUCAUUCGAGGGAGCACUACCGCUUCUAUGAAACAUCAUCUUUCUCUGAAGCCAAGGCCAAGAGCCUCAUCAAGGAGGCUGGCAAUGAGUUUGUGCUGCACAAUACCUGGCAGUUAAGCCGUGUAUAUCCCAGUGGCCUGAGGACAGAUUCAUCCAACUACAACCCCCAGGAGUUCUGGAAUGCAGGCUGCCAGAUGGUGGCUCUGAAUAUGCAGACUGCGGGGCUUGAGAUGGACCUGUGUGAUGGGCUCUUCCGCCAGAACGCUGGCUCCGGCUACGUGCUGAAGCCAGACUUCCUGCGCGACGCCCAGAGUUCCUUCCACCCUGAGAGGCCCAUCAGUCCGUUCAAAGCCCGGACCCUCCUAAUCCAGGUAAUCAGUGGGCAGCAACUCCCCAAAGUGGACAAGACCAAAGAGGAGUCCAUUGUGGAUCCACUGGUAAGAGUGGAGAUCUUUGGCGUCCGCCCAGACACAAGCCGGCAAGAGACCAGCUACGUGGAGAACAAUGGUUUUAAUCCAUACUGGGGGCAGACACUGUGCUUCCGGGUCCUGGUACCUGAACUGGCCCUGCUGCGUUUUGUGGUAAAAGACUAUGACUGGAAAUCCCGAAACGAUUUCAUUGGUCAGUACACCCUGCCUUGGAACUGCAUGCAACAAGGUGAGCCAGUCCUCCCACCCCUGGCCCGCACCCCAGCUCUGGCUGCCCUUCUAAUACUGUCCCCCGCCCCCCUUUCCAGGUUACCGCCACAUACACUUGCUCUCCAAGGAUGGCAUCAGCCUCCAUCCAGCCUCCAUCUUUGUGCACAUCUGCACCCGGGAAGGGCUAGAGGGGGUUGAAUCUUAAGGUGGGCACUUCACGGGAAGAGUGGGUGCAUCGGCUUUAGAUGGUAAGAAAAGCCUGGAAGGAUGCUCCAGAAAGCAAACAGAGGUGGUGAAAACCAAGCUUUUGACUGUGCAUUCCUAGGCACAAAAUUACUUCAUCCUUCCUGACAAGCAAAUCUAGGACCUGAUUUUUCACCUUCUUUCUUUUCCCUUUCUUCGUUUUCACCAGCCUUUGGAAUCAUUCCUGUCCUUACCCUCUGCAUACUCUACACUGGAAUUCCUUCCUUCCUUCCUCUUGCUAUAGGUUCAAUACCAUACCCAGAUCUAGGACUACACUUUCGCACCAACUCUGGCUCAAAGGCAGAUUGCAACUAGAAAUCCAGAGAAGGGCUUGAGGCAGACAAACCCUAAGAGGCACUAUCUCCUCCACCUCUAACUUCCUCAAAGUCCAGAGCCAAGGGAAGGACAAAUCAAGCCCCAAGUCUCCCCAGGCAAAGGCUGGGGAAGGAGAUCUGACCCCAAGACUGUAUUACGACUCUCAAGAGACACUACACAGCCCUCAGGGUCUCCACUGGACUGUUGCUCCCUAGCCCCUCCGGUAUAAAUAGAGCUUCUCUCUCAAUUUGGCUUGA